AUGUCGGACCAAACUUCAAAUCCCCAGACAUUCACCACUGGAGCAGGCGAAAAAAAGGCGACCUCCUCGGUCGCCGCCUACAGUGGUGAAGAGAGCCAGUCGAAACCAGUCAUAGAGCAGCCAUUCUCGUUGUUGUCACUUCUGGGCAUUGCCUAUAGCGUCACCAACACCGCUAUUUCGCUCAUCAUCGGCCUGGCCAGCGGCGCCUAUAUGGGCGGCGCUCCUCUCUACGUAUGGGGAACACUCUUGAUGGGGUUCGUGGGAUUUUGUGUUGCCAUCAGUCUCGGAGAACUCGCGUCUGCCAUGCCACACUCUGGUGGUCAGUAUUUCUGGGUCGCCCAGCUUGCGCCGCCCAGGAUUCGACGUCCGCUGUCGUAUUUGACGGGCAUACUGUCCUGGGGUGGUGCUGUCUUUACGGGAGCCUCAGGCAGUCUUACAAUCCCAUUGAUGAUUUUGGGCAUGGCCAGCCUCAGGAAUCCCGACUUUGAGUACAAGACGUGGAUGGGCUUCGUCGGCUUCCAAAUCACGACAUGGGGAAUAUUCUGCUUCAACUUGUUUGAACGCCUGCUUCCGUACCUUGGGAAAGCCUGCCUCAUCCUUCCAGUGACAACUUUCAUCAUCAUGUUCAUCUCCAUCCUCGCCCGAUCAGAGAAGCAGUCCGCAGAGUUUGUGUUCACGGAAAUCAGGAAUACGUCCGGCUGGAAUGACGGGAUUGCUUGGAUGAUCGGCAUCAGCGCCAUCCAUUGGUGCUUUUCCUGUCUCGACUCAUGCACGCACAUGGCCGACGAAAUCCCCAACCCGGCAAAGAACAUUCCAAAAGUGCUCUUGUGGACUGUUGGCCUUGGCCUGUUGACUGGCUUCCCGUUUGCAAUCGCUAUCUGGUACGCCGUCAGCGACGUCGAUGGUCUAGUAGCCACAUUUGUUCCCCCAAGUCUUCAAGUCUUCUAUCAGGCUCUACGCGGCAACACCACCGGCGCUCUCGGUAUCGAGAGUUUACUGGUCAUCUGCAAUAUUGUGGGUGUUGCUGGCAUCCAUACCUGGCAAUCUCGCCUCGCCUGGGCCUUCAGCCGUGAUCAUGGUUUCCCUUUCUCACGCCAUCUCGGAAGCGUCGCCAAAGCUCCAUUCCGAACUCCGCUAUGGGCCCAUCUAUGGUCUUGCAUCUGGACGUCGAUCCUUGGCUGCCUUUACAUGGGAUCUCCUCUGGCAUUCAAUUCCUUCGUCAGCGGUGGAAUCGUCUUACAAAACAUUACCUACUCCACAUCAAUCAUCUUGCUGCUGCGCCAUGGCCGAUCGAAAUUCGCCCAUGGGUCUUUCUGGUUCCCACGCCUCGGUCUCUUUUCCAACAUUGUCGUGGUAGUGUGGUCGACCGUUUCCAUGGUGUUUUACUGCUUCCCUUAUUACCUGCCAGUGACGGCUGUGGGGAUGAACUACUUGGCGCCCGUCUUGGUUGUGAUGUUCUUGUACGCCGGGGUGUAUUGGUUUUUGCACGGGAAGAAGUAUUAUCAGCUACCACCUAUGAUUGCACACUCUUUGAAUAACCAGUGA